ACAAGACGGGCAGACGCGAUAGGAGAAGACGCAGCAAGAGCAGCAGUUCCGGUUUAGGCCAUAGAGAGGCCAGGCUAGAACGGAACUCCCGGAAGGGGGUGUUGCUCCCGCGCUGCCCCUCUCCAAGAUGGCGCAGGUUGUUAAAAUUACAAGACAAUAAAGAAUAGUGAUGGAGCCGUUGGAUACAGGAUCUAAAGCAAAGAAAACUCUAGGAAACAUUGACUAUGUAGAGUCAUCAGAAUUUUCCCAAGGAAUUCUGCCUACAAAUAAGGAUGUCAUUCAGAACAUGUUGUAUCUGUUGCAACGCAAAAGAGUUGGGCAAGCACAACAGUCAAAAGAAGAUGCAGCCCAAUUGCUUGCUGAACUUCUGCAGGAACACUGGCUGUUUUGCAACUUACACACCAUAGCAACAAAAAAUAUAAAGACUAAUAUUCUCAAAAUGUAUGAAGAAUUCACAAAACUCUAUCAAACUAGAAAGGAGAGACAAAAUCAGUCAUUUACAGAAAAGGCAGACACAUUCAACAGGAGUUCAGAACAGCUCUUUGACAUAUUUUGUACAGACACAGUGAUAAGAAAUGAGAUGGAACAAUGCAGUGGUAUAAAAAUGACAGACGUUGAGUGGAAAUUUCUUGAAGAUCAAAGAAGUGAAAGAAAAAUAUACCAUAAAGAUAUCAUGGACAAGAAAGAAAUUAAGAUGAUGGAAAGAAGAAAACUCCAGUGCCUGGAGCACUUGAGAAAAAUUGCAGAAAAAAAAGAAGCAAGUGAAGUCAAAGAAGAGACUUACAAAACUGAUGAGAAGUCAGAUGAAGGUAUAAGUGUAAAUGAAUCAUAUGUUGUAGAAGAGUUGGAUGAUGAAGGUGUUCCAGAUUUUUCAUCUAAAGGGAAAAGAAAGCAUCUGUAUUCCACAUGGACUGCCAGCUCACCAACAUCAGCUGGUGAUAGUAUGCCUCUUGAGUGUCAACAUAUACGUAUAAGCAUCAGGAAAGUUAGGCCUGGGUUCUAUGAGACAGUUGACAAGUUUAAAAACUGCUAGUACAUGUCCGUCUCAAGCCGAGGCUACUGUAGUAGAAGUUAGCAACAAAAUGUGUAGGAGAUCUUGAAAUACCAUGAUCAUUUGGAAGUCACUGAUGUAGAUACUCUAAUAUUAUGUCUACACUACGGAAUAAGGUCGAAUUUAUAGAAGUCGGUUUUUUAGAAAUCAGUUUUAUAUAUUCGAGUGUGUGUGUCCCCACAGAAAAUGCUCUAAGUGCAUUAACUCGGCGGAGUGCAUCCACAGUACCGAGGCUAGAGUCGACUUCCGGAGCGUUGCACUGUGGAUAGCUAUCCCACAGUUCCUGCAGUCUCCGCUGCCCAUUGGAAUUCUGGGUUGAGAUCCCAAUGCCUGAUAGGGCUAAAACAUUGUCGCGGGUAGUUCUGGGUACAUAUCAUCAGGCCCCCCUUCCCUCCCUCCCUCCGUGAAAGCAAGGGCAGACAAUCGUUUCGCGCCUUUUUUCCUGAGUUACCUGUGCAGAUGCCAUACCACGGCAAGCAUGGAGCCCGAUCAGGUAACCGUCACAGUAUGUCUCCUGGGUGCUGGAAGACGCGGUACGGCAUUGCUACACAGUAGCAGCAACCCAUUGCCUUCUGGCAGCAGACGGUGCAGUACGACUGGUAGCCGUCCUCGUCAUGUCCGAGGUGCUCCUGGCCACGUUGGCUGGGAGCGCCUGGGCAGACAUGAGCGCAGGGACUAAAUUUAGAGUGACUUGACGAGGUCAUUCUCUUUAGUUCUGCAGUCAGUCCUAUUGAACCGUCUUAUGGUGAGCAGGCAGGUGAUACGGAUUGCUAGCAGUCGUACUGUACCAUCUUCUGCCGAGCAGCUAUGAGAUGUGGAUGGCAUGCAGUCCUUCUGCACCGUCUGCUGCCAGCCAAAGAUGUAAAAGAUAGAUGGAGUGGAUCAAAACAAGAAAUAGACCAGAUUUGUUUUGUACUCAUUUGCUUCCCCCCCUCCCAUGUCUAGGGGACUCAUUCCUCUAGGUCACACUGCAGUCACUCACAGAGAAGGUGCAGCGAGGUAAAUCUAGCCAUGUAUCAAUCAGAGGCCAGACUAACCUCCUUGUUCCAAUAAGAACAAUAACUUAGGUGCACCAUUUCUUAUUGGAACCCUCCGUGAAGUCCUGCCUGAAAUACUCCUUGAUGUAAAGCCAGCCCCUUUGUUGAUUUUAGCUCCCUGAAGCCAACCCUGUAAGCCGUGUCCUCAGUUGCCCCUCCCUCCAUCAAAGCAACGGCAGACAAUCGUUCCGCGCCUUUUUUCUGUGUGGACGCCGUACCAAGGCAAGUAUGGAGUCCGCUCAGCUCACUUUGGCAAUUAGGAGCACAUUAAACACCACACGCAUUAUCCAGCAGUAUAUGCAGCACCAGAACCUGGCAAAGCGAUACUGGGCGAGGAGGCAACGUCAGCGCGGUCACGUGAGUGAUCAGGACAUGGACACAGAUUUCUCUGAAAGCAUGGGCCCUGCCAAUGCAUGCAUUGUGGUGCUAAUGGGGCAGGUUCAUGCUGUGGAACGCCGAUUCUGGGCUCGGGAAACAAGCAUAGACUGGUGGAUCCGCAUAGUGUUGCAGUGAUUCCCAGUGGCUGCGAAACUUUCGCAUGUGUAAGGGCACUUUCAUGGAACUUUGUGACUUGCUUUCCCCUGCCCUGAGGUGCAUGAAUACCAAGAUGAGAGCAGCCCUCACAGUUGAGAAGCGAGUCGUGAUAGGCCUGUGGAAGCUUGCAACGCCAGACAGCUACCAGUCAGUUGGGAAUCAAUUUGGAGUGGGCAAAUCUACUGUUGGGGCUGCUGUGAUGCAAGUAGCCCACGCAAUCAAAGAUCUGCUGAUAUCAAGGGUAGUGACCCUGGGAAAUGUGCAGGUCAUAGAGGAUGGCUUUGCUGCAAUGGGAUUCCCUAACUGUGGUGGGGCCAUAGACGGAACCCAUAUCCCUAUCUUGGCACCGGAGCACCAAGCCGCUGAGUACAUAAACCGCAAGGGGUACUUUUCAAUAGUGCUGCAAGCUCUGAUGGAUCACAAGGGACGUUUCACCAACAUCAACGUGGGAUGGCCGGGAAAGGUACAUGACGCUGCAUCUUCAGGAACUCUGGUCUGUUUCAAAAGCUGCAGGAAGGGACUUUAUUCCCAGACCAGAAAAUAACUGUUGGGGAUGUUGAAAUGCCUAUAGUUACCCUUGGGGACCCAGCCUACCCCUUAAUGCCAUGGCUCAUGAAUCCGUACACAGGCAGCCUGGACAGUAGUCAGGAGCUGUUCAGCUACAGGCUGAGCAAGUGCAGAAUGGUGGUAGAAUGUGCAUUUGGACAUUUAAAGGCGCACUGGCGCAGUUUACUGACUCGCUUAGACCUCAGUGAAACCAAUAUUCCCACUGUUAUUCCUGCUUGCUGUGUGCUCCACAAUAUCUGUGAGAGUAAGGGAGAGACAUUUAUAGCAGGGUGGGAGGUUGAGGCAAAUCGCCUGGCUGCUGGUUACGCGCAGCCAGACACCAGGGCGGUUAGAAGAGCACAGGAGGGCGCGGUACGCAUCAGAGAAGCUUUGAAAACCAGUUUCGUGACUGGCCAGGCUACGGUGUGAAAGUUCUGUUUGUUUCUCCUUGAUGAAACCCCCCUCCCCUUGGUUCACUCUACUUCCCUGUAAGCUAACCACCCUCUCCUCCUCCCUUCAAUCACCGCUUGCAGAGGCAAUAAAGUCAAUGUUGCUUCACA